GUUUUCAUUCAUCAAAUCUUUUGAACAACCAUUUAAAAAAUUUUAAAAGAAUUUUUCAGGCAUGUUGAGUGUGAAUGGACAACAUUUAAAUUUUAUUAGCAAAUAUUUUAUGUGGUAGAAUGUUUGGGCAUGCUUCAUUUUGGUCCGUCAGCGUAGAGUCUUUCCAGUGUUGUGAACUGCGGACGUUUGGCGGACGGGUGUUGGUUGCGGAGUUUGAGCGGAUUUAUUGAAAAUUUUGUUAAAACACCUGCCAUAAAUCUCAGUUACUUCCAGAGCCUUUUAUUUUUCAGUCUAUCACACACAAAAAGAGGACAAAAUGGGAAGCAAAGUUGAAGCAGUCGAUGUGAAUAAGCAGAUCAAGCAUAUGAUGGCCUUCAUAGAACAGGAGGCCAAUGAAAAGGUGGAGGAAAUUGAUGCCAAAGCAGAGGAGGAGUUCAACAUUGAGAAGGGCAGGCUUGUUCACCAGCAGCGCAUCAAGAUCCAGGAAUACUAUGACAAGAGGCUCAAACAGGUCAACCUGCAGAAGAAAAUCCAGAACUCGAACCUGCAGAACCAGGCGCGCCUGAAGGUGCUGAAGGCGCGCGAGGACCACGUGUACGGCGUGGUGGAGGAGGCGCGCCGCCGGCUCGGCCAGAUCACCAGCGACCCGCAGCGCUACGGGCCCGUGCUGCAGGCACUCAUCGUCCAGGGACUCUUCCAGCUGCUGGAGCCGGUGGUGACGGUGCGCUGCCGCCAAGCGGACCUCUCCCUAGUCCAGAGCAUCCUGGACAGCGCCGUCCGCCAGUACAAGGAGGCCACCAAGGGCAUGAACGUCCAGAUCAAGAUCGACGACACCUACCUGCCGGCCAACGUGUGCGGCGGUGUCGAGAUGCACACCAAGGGUAACCGGAUCAAAAUCGUCAACACGCUCGAGUCGCGACUGGACCUGCUGGCCGGCCAGAUGCUGCCCGAGAUCAGGACGUCGCUCUUCGGCCGCAACAUGAACCGCAAGUUCGACGACUAGACGCUGACUGAGUGGCAGAGAGUGAGGAGAGUGCCGGAGGACGCCUGCUGGCCACGAGUCGCGCAAACACCGAUGUUCCCGUUCAGCGGCGUACUCGAGGGCCGUUUUAUCACCCCGGCCUCCACGCGGCGCCCACUCUGGGCCAGUGGCGCCCUCUGCUCGGCGCUCGGAGCACCUGGGCGCGUGACUGUGCGUGUGUCUGACUGUGUAUGUGUUCGUCUGGCAGUUUAGAGCGUUGUGACGGCGCCGCGGACCGAGCGAUCGCCGUGCCCUCGAGAUCAUUCCAAGCCGAUGAUGAUGUGUUGAUUGUCAGGGGAGCGGCGCGCUAGAGUAUGCACGAGAAUGCCAUAGAGUCGCGCCGCGAGCGGUGAAGCAAUCCAAUAUAUAUGUAUAAAUAAUGUGUGUGUAUACUAGGCAGAAUAUACAACGUAUCCGAA